AUGCCACGCCAGGAUCUGCAGCAGGCGCCGAAGCCCAAAGAGGAGAAGAGCAAGAAGAAGGCCGACACGAAGCCAAAGGACGAGGAGGGAGAGGAGAAGACGAAGGCUCAGAAGGAGCCGAAGCCUGGCAAAGCGAAGGAACAAAAGCCAGAGACAGCUCCUAAGGAUCAGGCGGACAAAGCGCAGCAGAAAGCGCCGGAGAAGGGGAAAAAUCAGAAAGAGUCGAAGCAACAAGACUCGAAGCAGGAUCAGAAACAGCAAGACCCGAAGCAGCAAGGCAAGAAGCCACAGGACCAGAAGGCGUCGAGUGAAACGGAGAAAGGGCAGAAGGAAACAGCCACAGGAACGCAAAACUCCAAGUCGCAGACCUCGCAGCCUUCCAAGGCGACAGCCACAGCAAACACCAAGCCGGCCCAGCCCGCUGGGCACACCCAACAAGGGCAGAUUCCGGAUGCCGCGCCCGAGCCCGUUUUCCUUGUGGAUGAGCGGCCGUCGAAGAAGCGCAAGGAACCUGAGAGGGGCACGCAGAGUCAGGAGUGGGCGGACUUCCUCAUGCUGGAUACCAGCAGCAAGCAGGCAGCAGAAAGCCUUGUGCCAACUCCAGCCAUCGCCACGGCGGCCUUGCCGACUACCAUGAACUUCACGACGCAGAAACCGGAGCUGUUUUCGGAGGCCACCCUGCCUCCGCCAGCUUCGGAGGUGACAGCCAGGACUCUGGAAGAGCUGGAAAAGAAGAGCGCGCACCUCAAGGAGUUGUUGACAGUCGGCCGGGACCCGGACAUACUGGCAGAGAAGGUGGACCUGCAAGCCGAAAGCAACUCGUCUUCUUCCAAAGCAAAGCAGAAGCGAGAGAAGCAGAAGCAGAAACAGUUGGCCAAAGCCGUGCCAGACAUCCGAGUACAGGAUCUUGCACCUGCCGGCUCACAGCAACCGCCAGCAGGCGUCUCCCAGUCGGACACAUCGGAGAAGUCCAUGCGACAGUUCUUCCCUCGUGGAUCUCGAGUCGAUCGAUUGAAGUGCGAGCCAGUGACUUCCUCGCGUAUGCGCGUGGAUUCACCCCACCCGCGAAAAGAUGGACUCCUGCUCGAGGACUGGGAUGACGAGGGUGAUGAUGACGACGAGGAGGGUUCCGAGUCGGAAGAUGAUCGCAAGGCCGUGGAGGGUGAAGACGUCGAAGAGAAGCGGCGCUUGCUCCGGGAGAGGUCGGCCCAAAUAGUGGGACGAAAGAGGAGGAACCAGAAGACUCGUAUUGUUCGCCGAUGUGAUCCUGAUCCGGCUCCCAGCAAAGGCUGCGGAGAUCCCCGGUGCGAACACUGCGGCAAAGCUUGCACGAAGAAGGCCAAUGAGACAAAGGCCGCUGCCGACGAAACCCGACGACGACUCGCGCGUCGCUGCAGACGGCGUGAAGUAACCAUAAUACCCCUUUCCGUCAACGAACGUCAAGGAAGAGGGCUCAAUUUCAGAGUAAAUCACUUUCCCGUCAUGAGUCGCGAAGAGGUCUAG